AAAAACACAUUGGCACUACAUAUUUAAGUUGCUCCAAGAAACCAAAGUAGAUCAGUUUGUAAAAUUAGUUUAGAUAUCUUACGUCAUGUUCUUUGAACUUAACAAUGGACUAAUAUCUAGUGUAGUUUUCAUAACAACCUAAUGUAUCUGGAUUGUAGACACCCUAUUAACAAGAAACUAACCUCGCCUAGCCUAAUAACAGUCUUAGGUGUAUACUGUUGCAAAUCAGUUCUCGAAGUUACUGCAGCGAGACGUCUCUAUUUUCUCUUAAAAUGUGCUACAAAAAGUUAACUUUGUUCGUAAUUUUACUGUUAGCCGUGGGUCACUACUCAAUACAGUUUAGGUUUAUGAGAACAAUAAAAGCAAUUGGUCAUCCAUAUUAUAAAAUUCUGAUGACUUUGGGAUCUUGCAAAGAAAAGGUUAUCUUCUACGAUCAGAAAAUAUAUGGAGCGAUUACGUUAAACCGAGUUUUGGAUAUUUACUUCGAGUGCGAUAAUGAGAUUAAAGUAUCUAGAGUGGAAAUCAUACUAAUAAUAAACAACACGAGCAGUGUUGCGUUUUCCGAGCGUGGUGUCGGCGGGUCCGACUUUGAAGCAACAUUAUAUCUACCAACGAACGUUAAUUUCGUCAUUUAUGCCCUCACUAUUUUCACCUGCAGUCGAGGAAAACAUUCAGAGGAGUCCACAGCUGAACCGAAUAGAAAGAACAUGGCGCAUACAUUAAUGCCUUUUCUUUAUCGUAAAAGAAAUUGAUUUUAACCUUUCUUUUAUUUAGUUGUAGUGACAAUUAAAUUGCUUAAGAAAUAAAGUA